AUGGCUAUCAAUGACGGUGGAAAUGACAGUGAACUUCCUGGCGAUAUGGCUGCACCCAUUACCGCCGCGGAACAAUUCACUCAGUUUCGCGAACCGCUUCCUGAAGCUUCUGGAUCGACUAUUGGUGAACCCUCUCGUCCUGCUAGUCCUGUAAUUCAGGAAGCUACUGCAAGACCACCUCCGCCCCCUCCGCCGACAAUACCUUCGCGGGAUCCUGUACCACCAACUCAUUACUAUGCUGUUCCGCCGCCUCGACCAAUAUAUCAAAUGAUAUACAGCGCGAUGCCAGCCCCAGGAUCCCAGGGGGCCCCUGCUUUCAAUGAAACCAAUGCAUCUGAUUUCCUGAGAAAGCUAGAGGAUACCUGUCGUCGCAGUGGUAUUGUCCGUCAUAAGGAAAUUAUGGAUCUCCUCCCCCAAUACUGCGAAAGACCGCCGCGUGUCUGGGUUGAAGGUCAUUAUGCCUGGAAAACGAGGAAUUGGCGCAUGUUUCGUGAGGCCUUCUUGGACAAUUACCAUGACUGGGAUGAUGAGCAGUUGAGGUAUACCAAGGAAUAUCUCGACCAGCUUGUUGCCAUUGAACGUUCGACAAAUGAUGAGAUUCGUCAUUAUCUGAGCGAGUUUCAUGAAGUAUCCACGGAAAUAUCGUUGCUGGGUCUUCUGAGUGAUAUUGACCGAGCAAGCACGCUUAUCAAGGGUCUUCCAAUAAAAUGGCAGAAAAGGAUUCAUAAGCGACAUGCAGAGAGGUCUCGUUCUCGCCGUGAUCAGAUCUCCUACCAGACGGCCUAUGAACAGGUGCAAGCAACCCUGCGCGUUGAGGCUGAAGUUCAGCGAAAGACCGAGAUAAAAGAACCUGCAAGGAAAUCGUCUCCUUCUCCCCAUGUAUCUUCGUCACUGCAGCAGCAGUCUGUUUCUUCUGUUCCUCUCGUACCUGCUAUCCCGGUUGUUCUACCCAAGGAUCGACAAGCUGAUGACUCUACCUCGCGAGCAAUUGACGAUGUAGCCCGGAAACUGGAAGCUCUUGCGCUGAAACUGGAUGCUAGGUCUGAUCGCCGGAAUAACCCUUUUUAUGAACAAAACCGAGGUAUACCGUCGAAUGGCAUGGGGGUCGGUCCUCCUAGGGAAUGCUGGACAUGUGGAGGUCCACACAACAGCACCCCCGAUCAAUGUGAUUCUAUCCGGGACUUCGAGGCAAAGGGAAUGAUCCACCGGAAUGAGAUAACUGGUCGAACGACUCUCUAG